AUGACAAGCUUUCUGGGAAAUAAUACCCCUCUGGUUGACUUCGACCAGAAGUCUCUUGCAAUCGCGGCAGCAUCAAUUGCAUUCAACCCCAUAUUUUGGAACACCGUAGCCCGACAAGAAUACCACAACAAAGUCCUCACCAAGCUCGCGGGCGGCAACUCACGAUAUGCCUGCUACGGCCUUGCAAUAACCAUCUUCUCCCUCGGCAUAUUCCGCGACUUUCUCUACGAGCGCGCGCUCCGUUCGCAGCCAACCCACCCAGCCCUCCAAACACCCGUCGCAACCUACAUUGCGUACGCCCUCCUCGCCGCUGGCAACACGCUCGUUAUAUCAUCCAUGUGGGCAUUGGGCAUCACGGGUACUUACCUGGGUGAUUAUUUCGGCAUCUUGAUGGAUGAUAUGGUUACCGGUUUUCCGUUUAAUGUCUGUAGUGCGCCCAUGUACUAUGGCAGCACGAUGAGCUUUUUGGGCACGGCGUUGCUGUUUGGGAAGCCGGCUGGUGUGUUGUUGACGCUUGAGGUGCUGGCUGUUUAUUUGGUGGCUUUGAGGUUUGAGGAUCCGUUUACAGGGGAGAUUUAUGCGAAGAGAGCGAGGGUACAGGCGAAGGGGGGGUUGCGUAAGAAGGAGUUGUAG